CCCACCCAAGCAAAAUACAAAGUGACAGUACUUCCAAAUCCAGACAUUUGCCGCCAGAAUGUACCACCACCCAAAAUCGCCGCCAUUUACACCUUCCACCACCGCGGCAACCACCCUAUCUAAAGAUAACUCCAAAUGCACUCCGUACAUAAUCUUAGCAAGCUUCUUCUUUUCCCUCCUCUUUAUCCUCUUUCUUCUUUCCACUUCCGCCUCCCAAUCCUUACUCACAAUCCGACGCGACCCGUCUCUCUUCCCAAACCGCCCCGUCUCUCUAACCAAGAUCCCUUAUGGCCCCACCCCUCCCUCCAUUGCUUACCUCAUUUCAGGAUCCGCCGGCGACUCCGCUCGGAUUCUCCGCCUCCUCCUCGCUACAUAUCACCCGAGAAACCAUUACCUUCUUCACCUUGACCUCUCUGCCCCGCAGACUGAACGUGAUCGAUUGGCCGUCACAAUCCACUCGGUCCCAAUUUUUAGAGCUGCCCAAAAUGUGGACGUUAUAGGUAAAGCAAAUUAUGCUUAUCAAAGAGGGUCUUCCACCGUGACUUCUGCGCUUCACGGUGCCUCCAUUUUGCUACGCUUGUCUUCCAAAUGGGAUUGGUUUAUCUCUCUCAGUGCUGGUGAUUACCCGCUUGUUACUCAAGAUGAUCUUCUUCACAUUCUGUCAUACCUUCCGAAAAAUCUCAAUUUUGUGAAUCACAGCAGUUACAUUGGCUGGAAAGAGUCCAAGAGCUUGAAACCAAUAAUCGUUGAUACGGGGCAUUACCUUUUGGAAAGGGAUGAGAUAUUUUAUGUUACUCAGAAGCGGGUAUUGCCUAAUUCUUUCAGGUUGUUUUCAGGUUCAGCAUUUGCAAUGUUAACUCGUAGUUUCAUUGAGUUCUGCAUCCUUGGUACAGACAAUUUUCCAAGGACUUUGCUAAUGUAUUUGGCAAACAUGCCUUAUUCCUUCACCAAUUAUUUCCCUACCAUCCUUUGUAACUCUAAGUUCAAGAGCACUGUUAUAAACCAUAACCUCCAGUAUGUAGCCUUCAACAUGUCCUCUUCGAAGAAGAAGCUUUCCUCACGUGAUCUUGCAGAAUUUAAUGCUAUGAUUCAGACUGGAGAUGCCUUUGCAACACAAUUCAAGUUUGAUGAUCCAGUGCUUGAUCGUAUUGACCGAAAAAUUUUGAAACGCAAGCCUGGCAGAGUUGUGCAAGGUGGAUGGUGCUUAGGCAUUCCUGCAAAUGACACAUGUUCAGUAUGGGGGGAUGCUGAUAUCUUGAGGCCUGGUAAAGGAGCAAAAAGGCUUGAAAGACGUAUUGUUAAGUUACUUUCGGGUGAUAGGUUUCGGUCCCAGCAAUGUCUUGACAGAUGAUCUGAAUCAACCAGAUUUGAGAUAUAUGAAUUGCAAAAGUAAAGGUAUAACUAAAACCAAGAUGAAUUGUGUUUCCCCUGGGGAGUUAACCCUCGGACCCUCACAUUCUUUUUAGGAGCAUUCCAUUUCAUCAAGCACCUAGUUGUGCUAGUAUUUUUGUAUAGUAAUUUACGAUUCACUUGUUAUUGUACUAAUUGAUAUUGAAAGUAAAUUCAACCAGUACGGUAUUAGGUACAA